UAUUAUUAUCUUUAUCAGAGACCAGAGUUCAUUGUUCUCUCCAAAUUUUGGCUCAUCAAUAUUAUUUAAUUAGAUUAGAUUGAAAAAGCCACUAGAUAGUAGAUUUGAUUAUUGGACCUUGGACAUUAAGAGAUGGAAAAUUCAAUUUCAAUUUAAUACAGCAUGUCAGAUUGUCAGCGUUAUCCCGGCCCACAACACCCGAAAUGAUUACGCAAUCAUGAGUGGAGAAUUUUACGAUGACAACAUAUUAACAAUAUUUACGAUUUGCUAAAACUGAUAUCAUGGAACUCAAAGUUUGGGUUGAAGGAAUUCAACGGGUUGUGUGUGGUGUUAAUGAAUCAACAACUUGUCAAGAUGUUGUGUAUGCAUUAGCUCAUGCUACUGGAAAAACUGGACGAUUUACUCUAAUUGAGCGAUGGCGUAACAAUGAACGUCUACUUGCACCUCAAGAUCAUCCAGUAACUGUUCUUAUGAAAUGGGGAGAAUAUGCCAAUGAUGUGCAGUUUAUAUUACAACGUUCAGGCAAUGUCUCUUCAAAUAGUACAUCCAACAAUCCAAAGUACAAUGAGGCUGAUAGUGUUCCUUACUUUGCUCAGGAGAGGAAUAAAGAUACUCGGAAAUCAUUAAUAUUUAACAGUAAUCGUGUACCCGAUAAUGUAGGUGUAGUACGUGGAAUUCCACAACAGAGACCCAAUGUUCUUCCCACUAUACCUGGAAGUGGUGCAGCACCGUUAACAGUUGUUUCAUCCACUCCGUCUGGUGUUCCCUUAUCAACUUCACCAACAAAUACUUCUAGUCAUUUAAACAAAGAUCAGAAUUCAACAUCAACAAAUGGACCGUUGCAAAACUCGACUAGUCCAAACAAAAAGGUUGAUAAUCUUAACUAUCGGCCUCCUGUUACGAGGGCUCUACCACCAUAUCGAGAACCUCCUCCACCUUCUGUCAGUCCAGCAAGAAUAUCUCCUACAACUGUGGGUAGCGAUCGUAUAAAACAAACAAUUUUCAAGGAGUAUCAGAAUGAAAAUAAUAGCAAUAGUACUAAUGUCAUGUAUAACCCUCAGUAUAAAGAUCUCGUAAGGCUUAUAAAUUAUCAAAGAGAUAAGUUAUCUAUUCAGCAAGCAGAACUAACAAAGUAUGAUGCAGAAAUAAUGUACUGGGAAGGUAAAACUAGAGAGCAACAACAUCAGAUGGAUUUUAUGACUCAGGAAGCUGCUAGAAUUGAAGCCACUGGUAGACACACAGAAGAACAGUUGAGACUUUUAGGCCAAGUAGAAGAAGAAAAUGAUAUUGUACGUCAACAAGAAAAAACAUUAAAAUCAGAAAUGACAUUAUUACGGUCUAAAUUGGCCAACUGUGAAACUGAGUUACUUGUGUGCAAGAAUAAAAUACGUCUAUUAAUGGAAGAAGUGGAACUAGAACAAAAAAUGUUAUCAAGAGAUCUAGAAGAGAAGCGUAGAGCAGAAAGGGGUAUUUUGAAGGAAGUUGACAGACUACAAAGUGAAGUAGAAAGAGCCAAACAAGAAACAGAAAUGGCUGCACAAGUUGGAGAUAGUCUGCGAAAAGAGGUUGCUAUGUUAGAAACAACUAUAACUGAAAAAAAAAGGCAAGUUGAUAAACUGGUAGCUGACAUGAAAGAAGCAAAUUUACAAUCUUUAGCUAUUUCACCGCCAGAUGAAUUGAAAUUUAUUCUUGAAGGAGCUCAAAGACCUGGAAGCACUCGUAAAAUGAUUGGAUCACCAAGACAACUAGAAAAUGCAGCUCCUACUAGUAAAAACCCUCAUGGUGUUUGGGUAUAACUUUUUUAUUACUUAAUCAAAAUUGUUUGCUCUAAAAUCUAUUUAUAUUAUUUAUUUAAAAUUUUGUGUGUAUUUAGAGCAUUGUUUAAAUUGUAAAUUAUGCAUUUUAAUAACCAGUUAGGUUUAUCAAUUAUAGUUAUUGCACAUCACACAAUUUUUGUUUUUCUUUUUUUCAUUUACCAAACCAAAAAUGUAAGUUUUUUUCAUUUUAAUUUGAUCUCUUUAUAAUGUAUUACAUUUUAAUUUUAAGUCAAUGCUACAAUUUUUUUUUUUUUAUUAUUUAGCUCAAAUAAAUUUAGGAAAUUAUCUCUUUAUUUAAGUUAAUUAUUAAUUUUAUAUUAUUUCAUAUAAUAUGAAUUAAUGCAUGUCAAAUAUUGUUAAUAUUUAAAAUCAUUAGCAUCAUCGUCUUCAUUACAUUUUUCAAUAAUUUCAUAAAUUCAAA